UCUCCGUUGCCUGGGGAACUGGGGGCGGUGCGCUUUCCGGCGCAGUCGCGGCGCGUCGCAGCUGUCAUGGCGGAGGCCUCCUGGAGCACUGACACCGGGGAGGCAGUGUAUCGCUCCCUGGACCCCGUGCGCAACUUGCGCCUCCGGGUCCACCUGCAAAGAAUCACAUCAGGCAACUUUCAUCAUUAUCAGCCUGCUGCCCAGUCCGGGAGUGACCUCAUAGACUUGGCCACUUUUAGGCCUCAACCAACUGCCAGUGGACACCGCCCAGAUGAAGAUGAAGAGGAGGAGAUUGUGAUUGGGUGGCAAGAGAAGCUCUUUAGCCAGUUUGAAGUAGAUGUAUACCAAAAUGAAGCAGCCUGUCAGAGUCCUUUGGAUUGUCAGUAUCGUCAAGAGAUCCUGAAGCUGGAGAAUUCAGGUGGCAGGAAGAACCGACGAAUCUUUACCUACACUGACUCUGAUAGAUACACCAAUUUGGAGGAGCACUGUCAGAAAAUGACCACCGCAGCCAGUGAGGUGCCGUCUUUCUUAGUUGAACGAAUGGCAAACGUCAGGCGGCGACGGCAGGACAGGAGAGGAACGGAGGGCGGCAUCCUCAAGUCACGCAUCAUCACCUGGGAACCCUCGGAGGAGUUCGUCAAGAAUAGCCAUGUCAUUAACACCCCUCUUCAGACAAUGUACAUCAUGGCAGACCUGGGGCCAUAUGGAAAGCUUGGCUACAAGAAGUAUGAGCAUGUCCUCUGUACCGUGAAGGUGGACAGCAAUGGUGUGAUCACAGUUAAACCUGACUUCACAGGCCUCAGAGCACCCUACAGAAUCGAGACAGAAGGGGAGAAGCAGGAGCUGUGGAAGUAUACGAUUGACAACGUGUCCUCCCUCGCACAGCCAGAGGAGGAGGAGCGGGAACAGCGAGUGUUCAAGGAUCUUUAUGGCCGGCACAAGGAGUAUCUCAGCAGCCUCGUGGGCACUGACUUUGAGAUGACUGUCCCAGGCACCCUCCGGCUCUUUGUAAAUGGAGAGGUAGUUUCAGCCCAAGGCUAUGAGUAUGACAAUCUCUACGUCCACUUCUUUGUAGAAUUGCCAACUACUAACUGGUCAAGCCCAGCAUUCCAGAAGCUCUCAGGAAUAACACAGACCUGUGCCACCAAGUCCCUGGGAAUGGACAAGGUGGCUUACUUCUGCUACCCAUUCACGUUUGAAGCCUUCUUCCUCCACAAGGAUGAAUCUGCCGAUGCUCUCCCUGAGUGGCCUGUGCUCUACUGUGAGGUGCUCUCCUUGGACUUCUGGCAGAGGUAUCGUGUGGAAGGCUACGGGGCUGUGGUGCUGCCUGCCACCCCAGGCUCUCACACCCUGACGGUCUCCACGUGGAGACCCAUGGAGCUGGGCACCGUAGCUGAGCUGAGGAGGUUUUUCAUCGGCGGUUCUCUGGAACUGGAGGACCUCUCCUACGUGCGGAUACCAGGAACCUUCAAGGGGGAGCGUCUCAGCCGCUUCGGACUCCGCACAGAAACCACAGGGAGCGUCACCUUCCGCUUGCACUGUCUGCAGCAGUCCAGAGCCUUUAUGGAAUCAAGCUCCCUUCGGAAAAGGAUGCAGAGUAUGUUGGACCGUCUGGAAGGAUUCAGCCAGCAGAGCUCCGUUCACAAUGUGUUGGAGGCCUUCUAUCGAGCCCGGCGCCGCAUGCAGGAGGCCCGAGAAAGCCUCCCCCAGGACUUAGUAAGGCCCUCAGAAACCCUGGAGUCCUAGCUCACUAUAGCCCUGGCCCACGGUGCAAGAGGACAGGACGAGGGAUGCCUGAGGCCGGUGCUCUCCUGCCUCUUCAUCUUUCUUAUUAGAGCCCACACUGGCCUGCUGAGAACUGGAAAAGCCAGGAAAUCCCUGGCUGGCGCCUCUGCCUAACCUUCUGCUGGGUGUUUUCCCUGCCAUGUGGAUAUAAAGCCAGAGACCUGUGGCCCUUUGUGGUCCCCCUCUUCAUAUUUCAGCUGCUAUAAAUGGGCAUCACAACAAGGCAGACUUUUGGUCUGCAACUCGUUUGGGGUGACCUCGUAAUUAGUCUGCCCUUGACACAGCCUCUUUUCAGCUUGUCUCAGUCUCAGUAGCAGAGGGCUACAGGGAUCUGCUGUUCCACAGCCUGCCUGCCUUCUUCCAAGACAGGAGCAGGAAGGUGAGAGAGAUUUAAAUCCCGGCCUGUGAGUCUCAGCCUCCUCUUUCCAGGGCAGCCUCAUUCUGCUGCUUAGGCCUUGUUGAGAUUGAGAUAUGACUCAUUUCUGGAGUAAGUGAGGGCUAAAGGCAGUGCCCAGUCCUUUCUGCUAGCUGGAUAUAUCUUUUAUUGUGUUUUUU